GAAAGAAGAUGACUUUAAGCCUCUCUUCUGCUACUCCAAUGACGUCAAUAACAACACACCUGCAUCUACAUUUGUGAAGAAUCCACAAAGAAGGAGUUGAGAGAAUCUGAGAGGCCUGGGAGAUGAUGAUGAUUGUUAUUGAUGAAGCUUGAAGCCCAUCAUGACAAGUGAGAGAAGAUGAGAGUCCUGAAAACAAAAUUGAAAAGUUAAAGAGUUAAGUCACGUGCAAGUCACAUGAUCGGUUUAUUCUGGUUUGAUUUGUUCUGGUUUGGUUAAGUCUGGUUUACUGUAAAGCAGCAAAAUCCCAAUAAAGACGGGGAGAGAGAUUGGUGAAAAGAAAAAACUGAAAAAUCAAAAAUCAGAAAAUGGCGCUGGAUGUGAGAAUCUUCGAGAACAUCUCUCCUUCUCGUUUCGUCUCUUUCACAAUCCCUAACCCUAAUUCUCCUCCGUUUCAUCUCCUCCGAGUCGCCGUCCUCGACUCGCCUGUUCACUCAACCGAGUCUUCAUCUUCUCCCCGAGCCGUCGCCGCCAUACUCGUCCCCAAGCACCGAGAAUCCGAUUGGAUCUUCUCCACUGAGUCCGGCCAUCUACAGCUCCUCCUUAAUCUCCCAGACAUCUCUCGUUUGUUCUUGAUCGGCGAUGAUCCCGACGAUGGCUCUGGAUUUCCGGCGGUUUACCACCGACCGACCGGUGAAGACGACGACGAAUCUAAGAGACUCGAGAUGACAAUGAAACCUUUUGUGGUAGCUCUGUCACCUAAAACCCUAACGCGAGACGAAAUCGAUGACGUUCCUUUCUUGAUUUACGAUGAUAACGUUGUUUCUAGUGUUGAGCUGGAGAGAUCCGUUGGACCUUUCGUUGGUGAAAUGCUGAUUGAGGAUGUAGAGAUUGAGAUCGAUGAUGGAGUUAGAGAAUUCAGGAGGAGAUUGAGGUUUAAGAGGAUGCCUAAUCUAGUCCAAUCUGAUGUCAGAAUCAUCCCUGCAAGUUCUUCGAAUUGUUCUCCGUCGUUAACCGGAACAGAGUUCAAUCUUGAUCUCACGGAACUAGUGCAUCCUUACUUGGUACCAAUGGUUGCAAGUCUUUCUUUGAUUGAUGAUUCUCAGAGUGAUAAGCUCAAAUCUAGACCAAAGGCAUUGUGUAUUGGAGUUGGAGGUGGUGGAUUGCUUAGUUUCUUAAGGAUACAAUUAGGUUUUGAGGUUACAGGCGUAGAGAUAGAUCCUGAAGUCUUGAGGAUUGCGAGGCAAUACUUUGGUUUAGAGGAAAGUUCUGCUUGUGUUCACGUUGAAGAUGGUAUUGAGUUCUUGAAGAGAUGUUCUUCUAGCUGUGGUGAUGCCAAAUUUGAUGCUUUGAUGGUUGAUCUCGAUUCUACUGAUCCAAUUCAUGGCAUGACUGCUCCACCGGUUGAGUUUGUGGCUCAAGAUGUUUUGUUAGCUGCAAGAACACUUCUUGUUCCUUCAGGGGUUUUCGUUAUCAAUGUCAUUCCUCCAAACAAGGCGUUCUACCAAGAACUUCAAGACAAAUUUAGACACGUCUUCACUGAGUUGUAUGAGAUUGAUGUUGGAAAUGGAGAGAACUUUGUUCUCAUCGCAACCGUUUCACCUAGAGGUCUCAAGAGUGGGUUUACAAGAGAGAAUCUUACACCUGCUGUCUCGGAAAAGUUUCUUGAUGCUAUACGAAGAAUUUGAGAUCCAUUCAAAUAGGAAUUUUCAUUGCAAACUUUAAAGUUUAGUUUA